AUGACCGACGCUGACAUCGCGCACUUCUACAAUCUACCAUCGGCAUACCCGGAAGAAUGGCCUGCGGAGUUGGACGAAGACGAUGAGGAGGAGGAGCAGGCCCUUCAGCGCCGUGGCUCGAAAUCCGGCUACAUUGUCCUCGACCGAAGCAACAGUCGCAAGGGCCUCAACAUUGGAUCGAUAAAGGGAAGCAGCCGGGAGAAUCUCGUCAAAGUCGACGAGCCUGAUCCGCUAGGGUCGAGUGACAGCGUUCUCAAUUAUCUGAAGAGACGGGGGCUACCCGUCGACGAAGACAGCCGUUUACGAAAUCGAUUCCUACUCUCCUCAACCGGGUUCUCGCCCGCCCUCUUCCUCUCGCAGGUCCACUCGGAUGCAUCCAUCGAAUCACUUCUUGAUGGCCUCAAUUUCCUUUCACGGUCCAUUGACCAAAAGUCCGCCUCAUUAAAGGUCCUUGUUGAGGCCAACUUUGAGCGGUUCGUCCGUGCCAAGGCAACGAUUGACAGCGUGUACACGGAGAUGCGAAACCAGGGAAGGGAACAGGAACUGGUGGCUCACCGCAGGUCGGCAAGCCACCUCCGGAGCAUAUCCGGUGCUAAACAGAGUAUAUCGGACUCCGGGUUCAGAAAGAAUGCGUUAUUGAAGGAGAGUGACUAUGGUGUGAAAGGCAUCCGGGUGCCUUUGACGGAAGCGUCUGUGAAAGCCGAAGAAGUCUGGGGCCCCGCUCUAGGUGGCCGCGAAAGAGAGCAAAUGCUCAAGUCGGUGCUUGGCAGUAUGGAGAAACACCGGGAGGUCUACGAGAUAGGUGGGCUCCUCUCCAAGUCAAUCAAGCAAAGGGACUAUGACUCUGUUUUUGAACAAUACAGGACCGCUAGGGCUCUUACUCAGAACGGUAAGAGUAUUGCCGACGCUGCAGCAAGUAAGAAUCGGCCAUUGACCGACGAAGAAACGCACGUCAUAUUGGCUUUGGGAAGAAUGUGGAUCGAUGUUGACCAGCAGAUCCAAGCGUUCAAGCGUGAUCUUUGGAGACGUCUGAGCGAAGCCCCCAGCACGGCGACAAGGAUAACAACGUCUGGCCCUGUCGAGGAGUAUAUGGAACUAAUCGGCGCUUUAUUGGAGUUGGGUGUCAAUGACAACCCCAUUUGGGUGUGGCUUGUCAGUCGCUACGAUUACCUCAAGACAAAGAUUACAGCUUUCUGUGAACGCUGCAAGGUUGAGAUAGAGAUUCUAAGACGUCGUCUUGCAAGUGGGGCCGAGCCGACACCUCAAGAGGUGGCUUCAUACUUGCGUCGGACACCACAGGACAGCUCAACCAGCCCAUCACAGAUGCUAGAUACGGACCAAGUUAUAGAGCUUUGGGAAUGCGUCCAUACAUACUUGAACAAGUUGUUAUCAUCACAAGGAGGCAUCCUUGGCGAAGUAUUGGACUUUUGGGAUGUGGCGCAGUCUUUUAUCGAUGGGAGCAAGCAAAAACUCCUCCCGGCGGGUUUCGAGGGGGAAAGCCGAAAACAUCACAACUUAUCAUCCAGCGAUGUGAGGGACCUGCAAAAAGGUCUUGUCGAAUUGGUCAACUUGAUCCGCGAGAGCAUCUUGUCCCUGUUUGCUGAACCACCGGUGGACGAUGUUUCUCUUCUUACCUCGCCUAUCUCCCCACCCAGCCCUAGUAGUCCGAUCACUUUGGGAGUGACUCCAACGGAGUCGCGGUUCAAACUCGAUCCCAGGAAUAUGCCCUUCCCCACUCCAAAACGUGGUGAACUAUGGGAAGCCUACGCUUUUUGGCCUCCCUUUUCCAAUUCCCUGAGUGGAGUCCACUACCUUGGCCAAUUCCUCGUCAUCAUUGGCGCUGCAGCUGGCGAGAUGGCUACCCUCGGGCCCGUCGCUAGCAAUGGAAACACCCGUGAGCUUCUCAAGGCCCUUGUGAGCGUCAUACGGGAGCGCUCCGUCCGAAUCGCCUGUUCAGCGUGGGGAAAGGAUGCGGAGGUCUGUAGAUUGCUGGAAGAUUGGACACGAGACUCGAAACGGCGGGACCUAACAAAGAUGCCUGGACUCUUCGUCAACUUUGAGAACGCUAUGCUAGGUGGAAUGCAGAAGAUUCUCUACAUCUCCGAGGCGAUGGCAAAGCCAGGUACGGUGGCCGUUGUCACGCAACCACCAACCAAACUCCUCCAGAUGGUGCGCCGCGAGUUCAUUGCCGGUAUAGAGACGGCUCUUGGCGGCCUCGUCGAAAAUGCCGAACAUCCCACAGUCCGUGAAGAGACGGAUGAAUGGCAUGUUGCUUCGUCUACGUCAGUACAGAACAAGAACGAACAAGUAACAUCGCUCCUCGCUGCAGAUGCUGUCGAUUCCGAUAACAAGAAUGUCCGAAUACUCCUUACUCUUUCAAAUAUCAAGGCCUUCCAAGCAGACCUUGUUCCGCAACUUGUUGCAAACUUUGAGACUGCGUUUUCUGUGACGCUUACCGACGAAGCCAAAACCCUUCGGCAAGUGCUUGAUCAGGUCGACCAACGACUGUUCCAGUCCUACACAAAGCCUACCAUUGAUAAUCUGGAAAAGAUCAUCUCCGAAGGCGUCACAUCGCCAGUGUGGGAACCAUCGGAUGCCCGCCCCGAUCAGGUCCGGCCGUAUGUAUACAACGCAAUGCUCACUCUUGUUCUUGUACACACGGAGAUCUCAACUACCAUUCCUUCAACAUCAUCCUCGGGAGCCAGUCGAUCCUCCGUGGCGGGACAGUCACCACUACUUUCGAUUAUCCUGACUUAUCUAUUGACCCAAGUGUCCACGGCGCUCUUGAAUGCUUUCAAUUUACGAGCUACAUACUCGCUCAACUCCUUGAUACAAGCUACACUUGACACCGAGUUUAUCGCUCAGACCAUGUCCCAGUAUUCUUCAGACGAAGCUUCCGCUAUUCAAAGCCAGAUUUAUGUGGAACUAGAUCGUCGAACGACUCAUGAGGCUCGAGCCCGCCUCCAGUCCGAACUGGGAGAGAUGAGAGGUAUCCUGAAGAGGCUGAGAGAGAGGACAAAGGGGGAAUUUGCAUGCUUUAGAAAAGCAAGAAGCGCCACCUCGCAAAAGUCGACGUGA